AUGCAAUACAAAGACUCCCGCAUCGAUACAAAAGAAUUGGUAAUGUGUAACUUAUACCCACAUUCACACUCAUUUCAACUAACAGAUACAUUGGUCAGUGUCUGUGACAUUUGUGGAUAUCCAACGACCCCAUUUAGUACCAACGCCGAGUGUACCAAAUGCCAUAUGGUGAUCCAUUCCGAUUGUAGCGAAAGUUGUUACCUUCCAUGUGUCUCCCUUGAAGAGGCGACUACACUGAAGACUGAAAAAGCACAUGAGGACCAUUUAAGUCCAGAGAAUGACGCACUAUUGAAACGAUCUCUUUCAGAACGGGGUAUACUCAAUGGUCACCACGUCAUUGAAAGUUGUUCAUCUUUAGUCCAAAACGCGACAUGUGUUGUGUGUCGGUCUAUUAUUGUCUCUCUUUCCUGUUUACAUUGUAGAAUAUGUGGUGUCUAUCUCCACUCGGAGUGCAAAGAUGCUCUGCAGAACACGUGUCGACCCAUUUCACUUCCUUCUGAAAGGGAUUAUCAUUGGUUUGUCAACGGGAAUUGCUUGUUGAAUGCGAACACAAAUUCAAAUAACACGUGCAUCGUAUGUAAACAGUCUGUUGGGAGCAGAAUAGCACUCACAGACUUUAGGUGUUGUAUGUGUGGCAUGGUAGUUCACGGGUCUUGUAUCCACUCUGCACCGCCUAUUUGUUACCAUGGAGUACUUGGAAAGUAUGUCAUUUCGCCGUCACUGACUCAAAUGGACGAAUAUGGCGAUUACAAAGCUGUAUAUAGACGCGACAAAACACCAAUGAUCUUCUUUGUGAAUCCAAAGUCGGGCAAUUUACUUGGAGAGUUUCUUCAGAACAAAACACAGGAAUUGUUUUCAUUGCCACAAGUGUGUAAUGUGUUGCAAGGGUUUGAUAAGAUUGUGAAGUACAUUGAAGAGUAUGGGAAUAAAUUUAUAGCGGUGAUAUGUGGAGGUGAUGGAACUGUUGGAUGGGUGAUGAAUGAAAUGAAAAAGGCCAAUAAAAAGCCACAAUAUUUUAUUAUUCCAUUGGGCACAGGCAACGACUUGUCAAUAUGCACGGGAUGGGGUGGAGGAUAUGACGGGGGGGACUUAAUCACACUUCUUCGGCAAGUUCAAUAUGCUUUGGUCCAACCAUUAGACCGUUGGAGGGUUUCCAUUCACCACAAAGACGCAAAAGAAGAUAGAACUAUUGUUUUAAACAAUUACUUUUCAGUGGGGAUAGAUGCUGGUAUUGCUCUGGACUUCCACCAGCGGCGACAAGCAAAUCCGAAGAUGUUUGGGUCACGAAUUGGAAAUAAAGUGCAGUACAUGUUUAGUUCUCCUGUAGCACUAACUGGGGAUGUCGGGGACAUCAACAAAGUGAUUCAAUUGCGAGUCGAUGGUGUUAAUAUUGAGCUUCCGCCUCUUGAAGGUAUAGCGUUUUUGAAUGUGAGUACUUAUGGUGGAGGUAAUAAGUUCUUUGAUGUUGUUACUGAUGAGGAAUGUAUGUUAGGAAUGAAAGAUAGUAACUUUGGCGAUGGGUUGAUUGAGGUCAUCGCGUUUUCAUCGUUUGUAGAAAUGCCAUUCUUGAUGACAGGAAUGCAACAACCCGUUAAAAUAGCACAAGGCACUGUCAUCGAAAUUACGGUGCUCGAAAAGAAACCGGCACAAACCGACGGGGAACCUUUCAUGCUUGAACCAUGUAACGUCAUCAUCUCACUUUUCGAUAAAGUCGAUAUCCUUGUCAAAAAUCCAUUUUAUUGA